AUGAGGUACUGCGUGCUCGCCGUGGCGCUGGCCUCGGCCGCGGGAGAUGAUUGCCGCAAAUUCUGCCUCGACGAUGGCAAGGACUGGACGGUCAAGUGCGCCUGGUCGAAGUGCGCUGGAUGCGGUGCUUGCGCCUCGCUGGCGAUUGGCAACUGCAGGCCCUCAUGCGCCACCAACACAAAGGGCUGGGACAAAAAGUGCGGCUGGUCGGACUGCGGGCUGGGACAAAAAGUGCGGCUGGGCUGGGACAAAAAGUGCGGCUGGUCGGAAUGUGAAGGCUGCUUGGCGUGCACGUCACCUUCGGCGCCGCCCCCGCCGCCGUCACCCCCACCAAAGCUGUGCUCGACGGUGAUCUCCUCAAACGCCCUCAUCAAAUGCUACGAUUCGGCGCUCUUCGUGGGCUUCACUGCCGACGAGGCAGCUUGCAGGAGCAAAUGCGAGGCGAUGCCGUCGUGCAACGUCUACGCGGUGUGGACCACAAACUGGUGCCGGCUGACAGAGACGUGCAACAGCCUGCUCCCCAUCGACACAGACGGGGACGGCACCCCCGAUUUUGAAGACGACGACCCGCACCGGCUGGUGCCGGUUGACUGCGAGCUGCGGGGGGGUUAG